UACAACACAACACAAGAAGCCAAUGGCAACCACCUACGAUGAGAUCGGAGACUCUGUUCAACCAGGCACCAUCGAAGGUUCCAUGAGAUUCUCAUCUGGAGGAUGGAGAUCAGCUAGGCUUAUCAUCGGUGUAGAAAUGGCGGAGCAGUUCGCCUUUUAUGGUAUCUCGUCGAACCUGAUAACGUACCUCACGGGGCCAUUGGGAGAAUCAACGGCUUCAGCUGCGGCUACUGUCAACGCCUGGAAUGGAACGCUGUCGUUUUUACCACUCUUCUGGGGCUUCAUUGCUGACUCGUUUCUCGGCCGUUUCCGUACUAUACUAAUCGCAUCUUGUCUUUAUAUCUUGGGACUUGGGCAGCUGUCGUUUUCAGCCAUGAGUUCUUCUCACCAGAAAGAUCCGAAUCAACUCCAAGUGACUCUCUUCUUCUGUUCCUUGUAUCUUAUAGCCAUAGGACAUGGCGGUUACAACCCGUGUAUUAAGGUAUUUGGUGCUGAUCAACUUAAUGGAAGUGACUUAAAAGAGACCAAAGCCAAGAGCUCUUACUUUAACUGGCUAAUGUUUGGAAGUUGUAUUGGCAUGUUAGCCACUCGUUUGAUCUCUGUCUAUAUUCAAGAGAACUUAAGUUGGUCACUGGGAUUUGGCGUUCCAAGUGUUUCCAUGCUACUUUCUCUGUCGCUCUUCCUCCUUGGAACUAAGAAUUAUCGUUUCAGCACUGCAAGAGGAGAAAACAAAAACCCUUUUGCUAGAAUCAGUCAUGUUUUUAUUGAGGCUGUAAGGAACAGAGGACAACUAGAUUUAGAUGUAUAUAACCUUAAUGAGACCCUUCUUCAUGUCCCUUUACAAGACUCAAAGAAACUCAGAUUUCUUGACAAGGCGGCAACUUCGUGUAGCUUUGCUGAAAUUGAAGAAGCAAAAGCUGUGCUUAAUCUCAUUCCCAUAUGGAUGAGUUGUUUAGUCUACGCCAUUGUAAAUGCACAAUGCCACACUCUUUUCACAAAGCAAGGAGCCACAAUGGACAGGUCAAUCGCACCAGGACUCUUAGUCCCUGCAGCUACACUCCAAUGUUUCAUAAGCCUUACAAUGGUCACUUUCAUCCCAAUCUACGACCGUAUACUUGUCCCCAUGGCAAGAUCCUUCACUCAAAACCCAUCAGGAAUUACAUUACUUCAAAGGAUAGGAACAGGCCUGUUUCUCUCUGUUCUUGCUAUGGUAGUAGCCGCCUUGGUCGAGUCUAAAAGACUCCAAACCGCUCGAGAUGACGCCACUAUACUGAUGAGCGUGUGGUGGUUGGUUCCGCAGUACCUUAUCUAUGGAGUUGCGGAUGUGUUCACAAUAGUAGGUUUGCAAGAAUUCUUCUAUGACCAAGUCCCUUGUGAGCUUAGGAGCGUUGGUAUGGCUUUGAACUUAAGUAUUUACGGUGUUGGCAACUUUGCAAGCAGCUUCAUGAUAUCACUAAUUGAUAAGAUCACAAGCCAGUCUGGUCAAACAAGCUGGUUCGAUAACGACCUGAACAAGGCUCACUUAGAUUACUUUUACUGGCUACUCGCUUGUCUCAGCUCCAUUGGUUUAGCUUCUUACUUGUGGUUUGCCAGGUCGUAUGUCUACAGUAGACCAAACACGUUAUAAAACAUUUUGUGGUUUUUAACUU